AUGUCGCCUCCGCGGGCCGCCCCCUCGGCCGCACCCACCAGCGGCAACCGUCAGUCCCCCCCCUCCUCUUCUUCUUCCUCUUCUUCUUCUUCCUCUUCUUCUUCCUCUUCUUCUUCUUCGUCUUCUUCCUCUUCCUCUUCUUCUUCCUCUUCUUCUUCUUCGUCUUCUUCCUCUUCCUCUUCCUCCUCUUCGCCCGCUUCUUCUCGGAAUGCUUCCUCUUCUUCGGGAUGCUCUUCUUCCCCGGCUGCGCCGACAGGUUCCUCCCUCUCUCCUUCGUCAAAAAAGUCAUCUCAAAAGGCUUCUGGACCCUCUGGCGCCGCCUCGGCCGCUUCGCCUGCGCGUUCGCGGGCGCCCAUCCCUCAGAGAGACUCGAAGGAAAUUGCGGCCGAGGUUCUACCUAUCUCCCCACGCUUGUCUGUGGCGUCUAUCUCUCCGCCUCCUCUGUCUCCUUUGUGUCUGUUUUCUCGGAACGUUGAUGCGGCGACAGAAGACGCGAGAGGGCGCGACGCCCAGCGGACGCGCGUUGAGGUGAAGGGAGAGGAAGGAGACAGGAAAGAAACGCCUUCCGGGGACGCGAAGGCCCCUGCGGCUCCUGGAGGAGACCGCGCGCCUGUCUCGGCGCCUCUCGCCUUUCUGCAUGCGCUCCAGGCUCUCGGAGACAGCCUGGAGAAAGACUCCUCGACGACCAGUCCUCGAAGGUCCGCCGAUGUCUCUCCGGCGACGAAAGCACCGGGCAGCAGUGAAGAGACGAAAGGGCGGGUGUGGGGUGGGGAGAAAGGAUACGAUGAAAGAGCGAAGAAGAGACGGGACGCGGUGGAUGCCUCGUUGCGACUCGGGGAGACAGAGACCGAGACGUCCGUCGAGGCGAGCCAGGCCCUCUUGACCUCCGUCUGUGGUGCACAGACAGCGACCGAGCUGGCGCUGCUUCGCGACUUGAUCGAGCCGCCCUUCACACGCUCUGCGUCCUUCUUCCCUUCACUUCUGUCAGGAGAGACGCAGGAGGGCACCGCGGCAGAGACCUUUGUCGCGGCCUCGCCUCUGUCGGAGAAGAGGGUGAAGACGCUUCUGGAUGCCGGCUCGGAUCCUGGGGAAGCUGCAGAGAAGGAGAAGAAGGCACUCAGCCCCUCCGAGCUCCUGCAGCAAGUCUGUGGCCGCGCCAUGCUUCAGCGCGCCUUUCUCGGCCUCGCGGCGGUGCGCAGCCUCGACGACGCGCUGAACGAGGUGUGGGACAAGGUGACCGAGUGUAUGUACACGCGAACUCGACUGCGCUUGCUGGAGAAGGCGGAACUUCUGCGUCUGGCGCAAGAGGAGGAGCGGGCGAAGGAGAACGAAGCGACGGAGGACACCAGCGACGCGGUGUGCGGGAAGCAGGCCUCGCCCUCCAGCGCUGGCGUCCCAACACAGCCGCCUCCCGCCGAGGAGACAGGCUCGAAGGGUGGAGACGCCUCCCAGUUGGCGGUCGCGCGCGUCAAGGCGCCGGUGGCGAUUGAGGCGAGAAUGAGGAAGCUCGGAGACUGGUACUCUCAAGUUCACGACUGCUUGUCGACGUCGUCUGCCGACACUCCCAACGACCCCACGACUGCCCGCUCUUCUUCUUCGUCUUCUUCUCCGUCUCCUUCUUCUCCUUCUGUUUCUCUGUCUUCUUCUCUCUCGUCGUGUGCUGGCUUGCCGGAGUUGCGCCGGCGGUUGAUUUCCCUGCAGUGGAGGGAGAUUCCGGGGGGUGUGUUGACUCUUCGUUCCCAGAGCCGCGCGCUUUGCUCCCUUCAGCAGGAGACGGAGGAUUUGCUGCAUGCGGUGUCUCUGGGGCGCAGCUGCGCGGCGACAGAGAAGGGGCGACGGACGUACCGGCAGCUGUUCAUACACCGCAAGACGAGCGAAGAGAACGCGUUCGACACACCGGCUUUCGACGCCUUUCUCCGCCACCUGAAGACCCGGAAAGAAGAAGAAGAUCCGCGAAGCAACGGAGACGGAACGAAGGAGAGGGCGAGAGAGGACUUGCGGCGAGAGGCGCCGAACACUCGCGGCAGAGACGCUGGAGGGACGCGAGCGGGCUCGCGAGUCCCGAGCGGCGAAGCGUUAACCAGACGAGGCGAUCCUGACGAGAGACAGAGAGAAGAAGAACGAGAACAAGCCGCGCAACACAGCUCUCUGUACUCCGCAGCAGUCGCCGCUGUGGCCGCCUCUCAAGCUGGAGAAGAAGGGUGCGAGCGCGCUCACGAGACGCUGCUUCUCCUGCUGAACUCGGAGCUCCAAGGGAGAGUCAAAGAGAAGGAGAAGCUCGAGGAAAUUAAGCGGCAGAGAGAACAGGCGGAACAACAGGAAGAGAGUCUUGCGGCGAAGGCUGCGCAGUUCCCGAAGAAGCUCCGACAGCUUCAGCAAGUGCUGCGCGAGAUGGAUGAAAUGUGCAAUACCAUUCUAUCCAGCUGCGCCUCAGAAACGGUCGAGUUUCCUGCCGAAGCCAAGCGCCUGCCUGCUCCUCUUCUCUCUAUCUUUUCCUCCUUUUUCUUCCACGCGCGACUCUCGGGCGACGCCGCCAUCGCCAGCCUGAGUGUGGAGGCGUCCUCGUUCCGCAGACUGAAGAAGCGUGAGCGAGAUGCACAAGAGACUCCUGGGGGGUGUGAACCGAAGAGACAGCGCCUGGGAGAGUCGGCCGAGGUGGAGAAGGAAGACGCCGCGGAGGAGAGAAACGGGGAGCAAGAGACAGACAGAGAGAGCGGACGCGAAGAAGGCAAACGCCAGCUGGAGAUGUUACACGACAAAGAAGUGCACGUCGAAAUCGCAGCAGACCCCCACCUCCCUCUACCGUCUCUCUUUCUCUCGAGUGCAGUGGCUGGGGCGUCGGCGUCGGACUCUGCUCGCGAGGAGGCUGCGGUCCCUUCACAGAGCUCGGAGAGAGGCGUCGCGGACUUCUCGCCGGCCUCGCUGUUUCCUCUCCUACUCGUAUUCCGCUACAACGCGAACCUCGAGGUCACUCUGCUGCAUGCCCCCCUCCCGCCCAAGGCCUUGCCCCACCCCACAGUCCCCUAUCUCCAACAUCUCUUUCCUGGGAACUUUGCAGACCUCGGCGAGAUGCCCGGCGACCUUGAUCCGACGCAAGGGUGGCUGUUCAACUGGGUUGCGUCUAUGGCGUGUUUGCCGCCUCCUCCGAGUUGUUGUGCGUCUGCGCAAGUGAACAUCAAGGAGUUCGUUUCUGCGAUUCGCCGAAGAGUCUACGCUCGUGCCUGGGCACUGCAGCUGCUCCACCACUACUGCCGGCAUCCUGAACGGCCGCCUCCUCUGCAGGCGCUGCACUCGCUGCUGCUUCUUCUCCCUUCGCCGGGGGCGGCUCUCGGAAGCUGCGUUCUGUUCACACCUGUCUCUGCUCUCGAAGUUCCUGCUUUUUCUGCCGGUCCGGCCGAGGUCGCUUCCCUCUUCGGAGAUGAAGACAAAGGCGACAGAGACAGCGCUUCGCCCCGCCUCUUCUGCGGCCCUGCGUCGAACUCCGAGGCGCCGGCGGCAGGGAGGAAGAAGGGAGAAGACGACGUGGAGAAAGACAUUUGGAAACGCAUGCGAGAGGCGUUUCUCGAGGACGAAGACGCGCUCGCGUUUAAGGCGAUCUUCGAGGCACACGGUCGGCGCGUCUACGCCCUCAUCAAGGUCUUCCUCAAUGACAGACCGGCGAACUUCCGCCUCUUCGAGAACGUAGCGCCAGCGCCUACCUCGCCUCCCGACGCGAGAGAAGGAGACGAAGGGCAAAACGCGAAAGAGGACUUGGAAGAGGAGACCCCCAAGGAAGAGCGGAGUGCGGAGGUCGACGAAGGCCCCUCACGUCUCUCUCUCGAGGCACUUGAGGAGAUGGUCAACGUUACAGUUGUAGACCGAUUCUCUGCGUAUCCUGCAAAGCUUGCUCUCGGUCUUCUCGCAGCCCAAAUCGAACAUCUCAAAUGCGGCGUCGACCGCUACGCGGGGGGCGAGGCCUUGGAGAGAAGCGAGAUGGAACGUCCUUCAGAGAAAGUGAAAAAAACGGCGUUGCUCGCGGAGAAGCGGUUGGGCGUCGAGAACGGAGAGGAAGAAGGCCUGUCUGCCGCAGCCGAGGACGACUCAGUCCAUGAAUAG